AUGAGACACACUCAUCCACUGCGUCCCCCACCACGCGCCGAGGAAGCCGCACCUCCGCUUCCCCAAAUCCACUGCGACUUCUCCUCCACGCGCCUCUGGGCCGCCAAGGUCCUCUCCUUCUCCCUCCUCUUCCGCGACCACCUCCUCCUGCGCGCCGCCGCCUUCAACCACUCCCGCGUCCUCUGCGUCUCCGCUGGCUCCGGCCACGAGGUCGCCGCGCUCCGCCGCCUCGGCAUCGACGACGUCACCGGCGUCGAGAUCCUCGAGUCCCCGCCGCUCGUCCGCCGCGCCGAUCCGCGCAACCUCCCGUUCUUCGACGGCGUGUUCGACCUCGCCUUCACCGCGCGGUUCGACGAGGCGCUGUUCGCCGCCGAGAUGGAGCGCGUGAUCCGGCCUGGCGGCGCGUGCGUUGUUCUCGUGGCGGAGUCUGGGGAGGAUGAGGUGAGGGAGGUUGUUGGAUUAUUUAGGAAUUCGAGGCUUGUUAGGUGGAGUAAUGUUUCUGACUGGAAUGAGAAUGACCAGUGUUCUUUUGAGAACUAG